UCUGUGGAAAUGUAAUGAUGAGUUGUUUGUUUAAUCUUUUUCAUACAAACUUGAAAUUUAAUUUAAUUCAAUAUAUUUAAUAAAUUUAAAUUAAACGUUGAAUGCCUUUGAAGUCUAUUUGACGUUAUUUACUAAUAUUUCCAUAAUUUUUUAUUGAAGACCAUUCAAUGAAAUCCAGUUUGGACUGUAAUUAUAAUUAAAGGCCUUGGAACAAAAAAGGGUUUACAAUGGUUCAAAAGACUGGAUACGAUAAACUGAAAUUUUUGAGACAACUGAUAAAGAAUCUUCCAAGCCAGGACCAAAUGAAUGUUCAAGCCUAUAUUAUUACUGGAGAUGAUGCUCAUCAAUCUGAAUAUAUUCAAGAACAGGAUAAGAGAAGGGAAUAUAUAUCAGGUUUCAAAGGCUCGGCAGGUACUGCUGUUAUAACGUUGAACCAUGCAUUGCUGUGGACUGAUGGUAGAUAUUUUGCUCAAGCGAAACUUGAGCUUGAUCCAUUAGAUGCUUGGAUAUUAAUGAAAGAAGGUAUUCCGGAAACUCCUACUAUAGAAGAUUGGUUAAUUGACAACAUACCUACAAAUGCUUUAAUUGGAACAGAUCCAAAUUUCAUUAGCCAUUCCAAUUGGCUUCGAAUAGAAAACUGUUUAAGAGACGCCGGUCUUAUUCUAUUUCCUGUUGAAAAAAAUUUAGUUGAUAUUGUAUGGGGAUCUGAACGACCAACAUCAUUGAAAAAUAAUAUAGUACCACAUGAAAUCAUUUAUUCUGGUAUAAAUUCUGGUUACAAAGUAAAUGCAUGUUUUGAUAAGAUGAAAGAAAAGAAAGUAUCCAUUCUAGUUAUAACAGCUUUAGAUGAAAUUGCUUACUUACUAAAUCUAAGAGGAUCAGAUAUUCCAUAUAAUCCAGUUUUUAUAGCAUAUGCAAUACUUUUUUUAAAUAGAGUUCACUUAUUUAUUGAAGAAGAUAAACUCAGCUUAAAUGCUAAAAAACAAAUGAAAGAAGAAAAAGUUGAUUUUGUUUGUCAUCCUUACAACUCUGUCCAACAAUUUCUACGUGAAAUAAUACAUACCUGUAAAAUUAAAAUAUGGUUGUCUCAUACAGCUAAUCAUGCUUUACACAUUUUAUGUAGUAGAGCCACAAAAUAUGUGUCUAUUACACCGAUCAGCUUAAUGAAAGUUGUCAAAAACAGAAUCGAAAUUGAAGGUAUGAAACUUGCACAUGUCUGGGAUGCCAUUGCUCUAGUAAAAUAUUUUUCAUGGUUAGAAGCAAAUGUUACUGAACAUAACAAAUGUAGCAAAGUUACUAUUACUGAAAUUUCUGGAGCAGAACAGCUGGAAAAAUUUCGAAAAGAAGAAAAAAAAUAUGUUGGGCCUAGUUUUCCAACAAUAUCAGCAGUUGGAAGACACGGGGCUAUUAUACAUUAUCAGCCAUCAUCAUAUACUGACAUUGCUAUUAAUUGUCAAGAAAUUUAUCUUUGUGAUGCUGGAGCACAUUUUGUCAAUGGAACAACUGAUAUAACUAGAACCUUGCAUUUUGGCCAACCUUCAGUAUAUGAGCGAGAAUGUUUUACCCGUGUUUUAAAAGGACAAUUACAACUUUCAAUGUCAAAAUUUCCUUCAAUGAUCAAAGGCAAUUACUUGGAUACUUUAGCUCGCAAAUUUUUAUGGGAUGUUGGCUUAGAUUAUUUGCACGGUACAGGUCAUGGCGUAGGUGCUUAUUUAAAUGUACACGAAUAUCCUACCAUGAUUUCAUGGAAACCGUAUCCCGACGAUCCUGGUCUACAAAAUGGAAUGUUUCUGUCAAACGAGCCUGGUUAUUACGAAGAUGGAAAAUUUGGUAUACGUCUUGAAAAUAUUGAGUUAGUUAUUAAUACAACAACUAAAUAUAAUCAGUUGGAUAGAAAAUUUUUGACUUUUGAAACAGUAACAUUGGUUCCUAUUCAGAAUAAAAUGAUAGAGAUAUCAAUGUUAACAAAUGAAGAAAUCGAAUUUUUGAACAGUUAUCAUAAAAGGUGCUACAAGAUAUUGUUUCCAUAUUUUCAAGAAUCGCAGAAUAUUACAGCUUUACAAUGGUUAGAAAAAGAAACGCAACCAAUAAUAAAAAUAAAAUCUUAAUUGUAAUUUAUGUAUAAAAAUUUAAUUCACUAUCAUUA